AUGGCUCUGCGCAACAGGGGGGAGGACUGUGACCCCAGGAAGAGGAAGGCGCAGGGGGGCGCGGUCCGCAGGGAGUUGGCGGCCCCCCCUUGCCAGAAUGACUGCGCGGAGGAUAACUCUGGGGAGGGCCACUGCGGGAAGGACGCCCACAAGAAGGAUAACUACGCGAAGGACGCCCACACGAAGGACGCCCACAAGAAGGAUAACUACGCGAAGGACAACUGCAUGAAGGACGACUGCAUGAAGGACGACUGCAUGAAGGACGUCACUGGUGAGGAGCGCGCGCGCGCCGGCGCUGCAGCCGUGUGCGCGUCCCCGCGUCUGUGCCGAGGCGAGGGCCCCCUUGAAGAAGGUCCACCGGGCAGUCACCCCACGCGACACCCAUCCCCGCAACCCCAUGCAGAGUACGAAGUGAAGGAGUUGGCCAAGCUGAUGGAGAAAUACGACGUGCGGAAAAACUUCGCCUGUUUCGGAGGAGCCUUUGCCAGAUUCGCAAACGAAACGUACACCUUUUCGCACAGGCACUUCAGACCCCACCUGGGAAUACACAUGAACACCUACCUGCUCAAUGAUUAUAUUUUUAUGAAAAAUUUUAUAAAAAUUAUUAAGUUCUCCAGAUGGCAUAUUCUGGUAUACCUCUCGGACAACAAACUGUAUGUCUACAAGCACAGUCGAUACUUGUGGCACUUGGACCAUUUCAACGAGUGGAAGCAUUUGCCCCUUCCCACGACGAAUGAAAUCAAAGACAUUCAAAUCGUUUCCUGCAACUAUAAAGGGGACCUCUACUUUGACCAUCCCAAGGGACCAAAUUAUGAAGCUAAAGAUGACUACCCCUUCUCUGACUCUACACACCAACAUGAGACCAUCGACCCGAUCCACUUCUUCGGACUUAGCCUAAUUGACAGCAAGGAUAAUUUAUACCUAGGGAUGAAUAUAAACGUAAAUUCGAGCAGAAUUAACAUUAAGCAAAUGAAGAUGGUCGUUCCGCAAUCGUUUGAGAAACGCAAGUUAAGAAUGAGGACCAUUUUGGUUAGCCUGCCCGAGCUCACCGAAUCUGACCUACGCUCUUGCGCCGUUUAUUUGAGGUACGCCUCUAUUUUUGAGAUUUCCUACACACGUGCUGGCAGCGACACCGGUGAGGGAAGAGCCAGCUGCGCCGCCCAGGGGGAAGCUUCCAAAAGGGAAGCACCUACACCGCAUGUAGAAAAGGCACAACAGCAAAUGGACCCGAAUCAACCUUCCAAAGUGGACUACAGAAAGGGGUCCAAAAAAAAAGGGAGAACCACCUCGCAAAGGGGCAGGAUUUCCCAGAGGGACAGGGCCUCUCAAAGGGGCAGAGCUUCACCAAAGGGGAAGAACAAAUCACGUGGCUCUGUAAGUAAGCCCCUCCCCCGGGGAACCAACCUCAGCGGAAGUGUACACGGUACAGAGGAGAAAUACGCCGCAAACUCUCUACACUUCCCCAUGGGUGAAGUGCAAAGGGGGGAAGACCAUCAUGGGAAUCUAACCCGAGAGAGCGCCAAAAAGAAAAGGCGAAUUAGUCGUAACGAAGUGGGCGGCCCCCCUGGCCAGGUGCCGCAGAAUAGAAGUUCGUCCAACGGGGGGGGAGCGCCCAAGGGUGGCCCAGCAAAUGGAGGUGCGGCUAAUGGUGCCCCAGCAAAUGGUGCUGCAUAUAAUGGUGGCAUGACUAACCCGUCCAGCCGGGACAACCCGCCCAGCCGGGAUGACCCCCCAAGCGCAGCCCCCCCCGAGCGAGCUACCCUAAAGAAGGACCGUUUCAUCUUCAUAAAAACGUCGAACCAUUUGAAGUUCAAAAAGAGGCUGAUCCAUUCCAAGCCGAAGGUGCUGCUGAGCGGCACGUCGUGCGCGCAUGGCUGCGUGCUGUUUGAAAAUAAAGAGAUUUAUUUCUGGAUGUUCCGACACGGGGGAUCACCCGUAGCAGGUAAGGUGGUCACAGGUGAGGUGGCCGCGGAGGAGGUGGCCGCGAAAGAGGUGAAUGCAGGUGUGGUGGCCGCAUCCAAGGGAAGACCAAGCGAACGAUUCACUUUCAAAAAACUGGAGUACCCCAAGCUGAACAUCGUCGACGUAGUCUACUGCAACAACACGUACAUUAUGCUGUCGGAGGACAACAACCUGUUCAUUUUAAAGGCACCCUAUUUGCACACCCUACGAGCGGUGAAUUUUUUCUUCUACCUGAGCAGCUACCUACCGAAGGGCCUAAAUCCCCAACGCAGAAGUGGUGGCCUGACUCUGGAGAAGAUUAGGGACUCCAGUUUGGUCAAAAUGUACCUUACAGACUACAUAUUGGUGACCGUCCACAGCAGCAAGGACAUUUGCUUCACCCCCGUUUUGUUUCACCGUAUUUAUAGCUAUAUGGACUCCCAGUAUAUUGACGUCCUUUCGACGAAGUAUGAGCGGCAGGUGACCAAGCUGAUAAAGGACCUGGGCAAGUUCUGCACGCGGGGCCUAGAGAAUCAAUUUUCGCACGAAGAAAAAAGCAGGUACCCAAAUUUGAUUAAGUACAAAAUGAUUCGCACCUGCGCCCAAAACAAAAACUGCUUCACCAUUUACGUAACCCCCAACUCGCUGGUCGUGUGCAUUUACAACUUGUUCGAGUACUACGAAGUGCUGGACACGUCCAUUUCGAAUUUUUUGAGUAAGUACUACAUUGUGUAG